AUGACAUCGUCUUCUGCUACGAGUGCAACACAGUCUACCCCUACGUCCUCGCCACCACCAGUCGACAUGGACAAUGAAACCGCGUCCAGUGCGAUGCAAAAAGAGGAAGAGCGCAUGAGGGCACAACGCGAGAAGAAUGACGCAAAACGAGAUGCGCAAUUGGAAAAGGAACGGCAAGAGGACCUCAAGAGUGGCAAGGAUGUUCUGGAUAAGAAGUUUCAGCAACUGGAGUUCUUGAUGAACAAGAGCAAAUUAUAUGCGACGGUAAUGCUUGCACAAAUGCAACGACAAGAAGACGAAGAAAAAGCACAAGACGAAAAGACCCAAGGGCAGAGUUCGAAGCGCGAACAGAAAGCUGAGAAAGCAGCAGCUGAAUCACAGCGGCGAGCCACACGCGGCUCCGUAACGAAUGGCGCACCAACACCUAACCAGGAGCCUGAAGACACCUCACAAAAGAAGAAAGGGCGUGGCAGGCCGAAAAAAGGAGAACCCAAGAUAUCAAGUUACUUCAAGAAAGCGGAUGUGGAGAAGAAGACGGAUAAAACGAACGUUACAGAAGCAUUACAGGAUGCGGCCGACGAGGACAACGUAAAGCCGGGCGAAAUCGGGAUGCAGAAUCUCAAGUCGGCGCGACAACCGAAACUGGUGACGGGAGGCACGAUGCGUUCAUAUCAAUUGGAGGGUCUCGAAUGGAUGCUGUCACUAUACGAGAAUGGCAUCAACGGCAUUCUUGCUGACGAAAUGGGUUUGGGUAAGACGAUCCAAACCAUUGCCAUGCUUGCGCAUCUUUGGGAGAAUAAAUCAUAUGGACCCUUCCUUAUCGCAGCACCCCUCAGUACAACGAGCAACUGGGUUGCGGAAUUCAAGAAGUGGACACCGAGUAUGCCAGUCAUGCUGUAUCACGGUGAUAAGAAAGAACGGGAGAGACUACGCAAAACAAGGCUUAGGAACCCGGGAACUGACCAAUUCCCUAUCAUGGUCACUAGCUAUGAAAUCUGCAUGAAUGAUCGCAAGUAUCUCACAAGUUUUGGAUGGCAGUUCAUCAUCAUUGAUGAAGGACACCGCAUCAAGAACCUCGACUGCCGCCUCAUCCGCGAGCUUCAGCAAUUUCAGUCCGCGAAUCGUCUGCUCAUCACAGGAACACCACUACAGAAUAACCUGACGGAGCUUUGGUCGUUGUUGCAUUUCUUACUCCCAACCGUGUUUGAUAAGCUCUCUACGUUCGAAAGCUGGUUCGAUUUCUCUGGCUUGAAAGACAAGUCGAGCUAUGAGAGCCUCCUAUCAGAGGAAAGACAACAGUACCUCGUCAAAUCGCUUCACGCGAUACUGAAACCAUUUCUGCUACGCCGAGUUAAAACGGAUGUGGAAAGUCUUAUGCCAAAGAAGCGCGAAUAUGUCCUCUAUGCGCCUCUGACUACCAUGCAAAGAGAACUAUACCAAGCCAUCCUUGAUGGCACGAGUCGCUCGUAUCUCGAAGACAAAGCAGUUGAGAGACUCAGCGUUGGUCUUCCCAGUCGAGCGGGAACGCCUCUCAGUGUUCGUAGCAACAAUAGCAGCCUUAAGCGGAAGGCAUUCGACGGCGUUGAUACACCCAGCAAGAGUGCAAAAACAUCACGAGCAGAUACGCCUGCAUCAAUGGCAUCUACUCGGAGUCGCGCAAAACCAAAGAGGAACUACGAAGAAGUCAGUGACUCUGAAUACUUCGAUAGCCUUGAAAAGCCAGAGAGCGCAUCAUCAGAGCAGGAAGAAGAGUUGGAUUCGGAUACGGAAGAAGAUCGGAUCCGCGCCGCAACGUUCGAAAUCGCAAAGCGUCAACUGAUGCAGAAGAAGCUCGGUAAUCCGAUCAUGCAGCUACGUUUAUGCUGCAAUUCGCCCUACAACUUCUUCAAUCCCUUCCUCAAGACUGAGAUAGAAGGAUCCGAGACAUUUGCGAGCGAGAUCGAGCCUGAUGAAACCCUAGUAUCUACGUCUGGAAAGAUGCUGCUCCUUGACACUUUGCUACCAGAGCUGAUCAAACGGGGGCACAAGGUUCUCAUUUUCUCUCAAUUCACCACGACGUUAGACCUUUUGGGACAAUACUUGGAUUUGAGAUCGUGGAAGUAUGCUCGUAUCGACGGAUCAGUUGCACAAAGUGAUCGUCAGGAACAAAUACUCGCCUUCAACAAGCCGAAUAAGUCGAAAGAUGCCACAGACAUCUUUAUUCUAUCCACGCGCGCGGGAGGUCAAGGUAUCAAUCUUGCAGCAGCCGACACUGUCAUUCUCUUUGACAGCGACUGGAACCCACAGCAGGAUCUCCAAGCCAUGGACCGCGCUCAUCGCAUUGGUCAAACACGGAAUGUCAUAGUUUACCGCUUCGCAACGCGCAACACUGUGGAGCAAAAACUGCUCGAAUCAGCUGAAGGAAAACGCAGGCUCGAGAAGCUGGUCAUUCGCAAAGGUGGCGUUCGCAACGAAAGAGGAAAAGCAAGAGGGAAUGACAAGGAGCAAGAAGUCGAAGAGCUGCAAAAGCUUCUGCGGCGAAGCGACGGCGAAAAGUUCGACAUUGAAGGCACCGAAGGCGGGAAGCUCAUGAGUGAUGCAGAGCUGGAGAUUCUAUUGGAUCGAAGCGACGAUGCUUAUAUCAGUGCUGAAGAAGGUCUCGAUACUGGUGGUGAGGGAUCGAUGUUCAAGGCCGUCGGAAAGCGAGAGGAGGGUGCGCUCAUGGAAGGACUACGGGCCGUGUGA